CCCAACUCUAACAACUAUAUAUACACACCAAAACAUACACACAAAACAUCACAAAAUUAACUAAAUUUACAUCUUUAAUUUCAAAAGUUUCAUAUCUCCAUCUUUUAUUUAUUCAACAUGAAUAGCUACAACCAAAACAAGGCCCAAGGAUCAUCAUAUCCAGCACAGCAGCAGGCAAGUGAUUUUGUGGCACCACCACCCCCAGCUGGUUAUCCAACUAGAGAUGUACAAGGCGAUUCAUCUGUUCCAGUUACUACUCAAUCCAGAGGCGAUGGCUUCUGGAAAGGAUGUUGUGCCGCCUUGUGUUGCUGUUGUGUGUUGGAUGCUUGUUUCUAACAAGUGACGCCAAUUUCCCUAUGAGUGUAUUUGCUUUUUAUUCCUUGUAAUAAUGUUAUGUUUUUUAAAAAAAAUUCUUGAUGUAAAAUUUAUUUGGGAUUUCAUUUUACAUUCCUUUUGAUGUCAUUCGUUAGACAUAUGUUUUGAAAUAUUGUUUAAUUAAUUAUCGUUCUUGGUUAUUUA